AUGGCCCACAGAACAUCCUUUAUUUCAUUUAGACGCAACUUCUAUCAAAAGAAGAUCAAGCUGACAGAGGAAUCUCGCCAGGCGUUUGUCGCCGUGACACAACAAGGAUGGCUGGGAUGCUGCCUCCAGCACUUGACAGUGAUGGACGUGCCAGCGGGCGAUGCCCCUACUUUAGCUGAGCAACGAGCCGUAGCCCUUUUGCGACAGGCUUUGACGAACCUGCGCAUCAACUCUGCACGUGGACUUCUAGAAUCACUGACUCUCACCAUCGAAACAGGGGGAAAUGCCGAAGCACCCUGGAAGAGCGUGUGGGAUGCGGCAGCCAAGCUCUUUCGGGUCACUAUGGUAGCCCUUGGCAGGAGCAAAUUGCACGCGGUAGCAUUGGACAUAUUUUGCAGUAUCGACCGCUGCAGCUUGGCAUGUGGUGAGAUUGCGAAAGUGUGCAAGAGGGUGAACAUGUCUGAAUGUCUGAAGAACACCAAGGCCAUAUCACUAAGCCUGUCGCAUCAACAAACGAAGAGACAGCCGAGCGCUCGUAUGCUCCCUGUUGCGAUUGGUCGAGGAAACGCCCAGGCUAUAACCUGCUUGUUGAACAUGUGCCCUAAGCUCGAAUCCCUUCACUUGCACUGGUACAACCUGGACCUGGUCAACUUGACUCAGGCACAGAUUGAAGAGCAGCAUUUUUUCAAUCGAAUCGCGGACACCUGCCCGAUUGCGCGCUUGAAGCAGUGCACACUGCAAGGAAUCCACACAUCUGAGGAGAAGCUGCAUUAUUUCCUCCGUCGCCGACAUCUCUGCAGCCUGACUAUGGAACAGAUACGCCUCGACUCGGGUACCUUUCAACCCAUUUUCGAAUAUCUAUCAUUGAACACGAGAAGGCUGCGGUAUCUCCAUUUUGAUGACUUUUGGGAAGAUAAAUUGCUCUACUUCGAUGGCCCAGGGCAGCCACACUUCCCUAGUACUAGCGGCCCCAACCUACCUAACUCCAUAACAAGAACCGGACGCGAAACACGCAGGCGUAUCCGGUACUGCUUUAGUGUCGGCGUAUCGCUACCCAGUGCCGAUUGUAAACAAUGGAUGGAGAAACAUUGGCGUCUUUACGGACCUCCAAGAGCGGUUUACGCGUGA